AUGCAGGUUUGUUGCGCCAACACCGCGCUGCCUGUGGUUAAUCGCAGACCCAAGCAGAUUGUGCAGCCUCCCCCCAGCAGUGUGCCCAGUCCAGCGGGCGGCUUUCUGUUCUCCUCGCUAAACAGCGGCGCACCCACUGCUGUAGUGUUUCAGCCAACGCCGCCGUACAAUCAAGCGCAGCCCUGGUCGCCCACAACAGCGUAUACAGCGCCCACACCACCCUCACCCUAUAUAGCUCCCAGCUUGCCGCAGAGCUCGCAACAAGGCUGUGGCAUUUCAGCUGCUACAAGCAAUCGCGUAGUGGGCGGCUUGCCUGUGCGCAAAGGCGCCUAUCCCUGGUUUGCCGCUUUGGGCUACUUUGAGGAAGCCAAUCGGAACAGCAUCAAGUUUCUGUGCGCCGGCAGCUUGAUAAGCGCGCAGUUCGUGGUCACCUCAGCGCACUGCAUUACGCCCCCACUUGCCUUGGUGCGGCUGGGCGCGCAUGAUCUUUCAGUGACGGCAGAGCCAGGUUCCUUUGACUUUCAAAUCAAGCGCAGCAUCAUACACAAUCAGUUUGAUUUGGCUUCCAUUGCAAAUGAUAUAGCGCUGAUUGAGUUGAACCAACCAGCACCUAUAAGCUCACUCAUACGACCCAUAUGCCUGCCCGAAGGUAGUCGCUUUCAAGCCGAGCAGCAAUUUGUGGGCAUGAUGCCCUUUGUCGCCGGCUUUGGCGCCAUGAAGCAUCAGGGACCCACCUCGCAGGUGCUGCGUGAGGCGCAGGUGCCCAUUGUAUCGCGCCAGAGCUGCGAGCAGAACUACAAGUCCAUCUUUCAGUUUGUGCAGUUCAGCGACAAGCUCAUAUGCGCUGGCAGCUCCAGCGUGGACGCCUGCCAGGGGGAUUCCGGUGGACCACUUAUGCACGGCGGCGUGCGUUACUAUUUGCUGGGCAUUGUCUCAUUUGGCUAUGAGUGUGCUCGGCCUGGCUUUCCGGGCGUUUAUACGCGCACCAGCAGCUACUUAGGAUGGUUACAGCAGCUUAUGCGUAGUGCCUAG